AUGCUCGAGAAGCAAAUCAGUGAUGCUGCCGAUGAUCGUUCAUCAUCUGUGUCAGAUCUGGCACCGAGACGCGAAUCGAUAAGAAAGAGCACACCCGUGCCGUCUCCAGAGGCCUCGCUGACUGUGGCUGAUGGUCAGGAGUCAUGGGUAAUGAAACCGAUACCGAAGGAGUUCGUGUUCGCUGAGUUAGGCCUUGACUUCCAAGACAAGGCUACUCCAGUCGCGACACCAACGUCAAAUAUCGAUAAUGCAAUGUCGGCGCUCAACGAGGCCAUCGAAGACCUUGGAAAAUUGAGGGUGCGCACUGGGGCAUUGAGUGUAGACUUCAAAAUCUCCAUAACAGAGGCACGAUCAUGUAUCGACGGAUUUGUCACCGUCAUGUCCUCAAUGCUUGUACCGGACGCAUUCACGAACUCCAUUUUGGAUAUCGGCUUACUUCGCGCGUUACCCGAAAUAAUUGACUCUCCUUUCGUCAAUGUGGAUCCUAGUAUGCGUGUGCUGUAUUACAACGCCAUGUUUUAUGGAUUACAGUUGACGGAGGCCCCAGGAGGAGACCGGAUCAAGAAGGCAUAUAUGAAGGUAUUAGAGAGCGUGCCUGCAUGGCUCGAAUCUCCGAGUGACACAAGCAUGGACAUUCAUACCGCAGCCCUUUCGGCAUGGACAGCGAUGACCUGCCAUGACUACCAGUUAGCAUGGAAGUUUCACUGCAAGUCCUGCCAGCAUGUCAAAUCAAACGGGAUAGAUCAGCUGGAUGUCAUACCGGCAAAAUCCUUCGAAGAAGAAAGCAGGAAAGAUACCGACCGCUAUACAUACUGGUACAUCCUGUCUAUUGACACCUUCUUCCGUCUGUUCUAUGAUAAGCCGACAGUCUUGCAGUACGUACCAAACAAGGUUCGGCCACCACUACUCUUUCGUUCCGACAACAUGCACCCCUCAGCUCUGAACGUCAUAAUGAGCGCCGUAUGGAUAAGGUACACACUCCUGACUGUAGAAAUGAUCAGCUACGUCGAUAGUCACCAAACACCGGAUCAGGAUGAAACAGUCUCCCAGAAAAUCGACGAAACUUGCUUACAGAUGGAGGCACUUAUGGACGAGUGGAAGUUACAUGAAAUGAUGAACGCGGCGGAUACUUCAGAAGAAGUUCGCUGUCUUGUCGCAGAUCACAUCAUGAACAUUUAUGCGACGAUAAUCGGGUUGCAAAGAUUGGUACGUCAUCACCAAGCAAGACCUGGGUCAAAGGACAUCGCCCUCCGAGCCGCUCGCCGUGUCCUAAAUACCAUCCUUGACUUCUACAAUACGCCCAGUCUGAACAUCAAGUUCACGAGCAUAACAGAUCACAAACCUGAGGAUUGCGAAAGUGAUAUACAAAUCCUUGAGAACAUCGGAGCUGCUAUGGCUCAAAGCGGUACACAACGUCGAGAUUUGGUCCCAUUCGAAAGGACGAUCAACGCUCUGAACCGCGUUUCACGAUCUCUACAGGAAGAGAGGCGAAAAGAAUCGAUGUUGAUCGAGACUAGAGAGCAUGUUGCGCAAGAAACGGACCUGCCUCCGACCAAUUUCGAUACAAUCCAGAACCUGAUGGCUAGCGAACUUCCAGACAUCGAUAUGUCAAACUUCUCAUCGAUGCCCGACUACACUCCGAAUAUGGACGGUGACUUCCAAUCUGUGGGAUUUUUUAGGGCGAUAGAAAACGAUUUCGUUGCGCGGAACUGGCAAACCGACUGGUGGGAUCUCGGCGGUGGUGCAGAUAUCGGAAUGAGCCAGAUUCCAGACACUCAUCCACCAGAUUUUGCCUACCAAGCACCAAAUACAUGA